UCUCUCUCCCGCGGCUGCCGUUCUCCGACCGUCUUUUGUGAAGUGUAUUGCGCAGUGACAUUACGCCGCAGAUCGGAAAUAUUUUGCAUGGCGACUCCUUGUGGACAGCUUCACAAAUGAAGCGGGAUUCCGAGUCAUGUGAAUGUGCGCCGACAACUACUCCUACUCCCCCACCUGGAUGUCCUCCAGCAUCUACUACUCCGGCCACUACGCCCCCUCCGACAACGACAACUUCUGGACCUGGGUGUCCAACGCAGACAACUGCCGCUUCUACGACUGUUGCUUCCACAACGGCCGCUUCCACCACCACAGGUCCACCUUCAGGUCCCUGCAUCAACAUCACGCUCUCCAACCUUUUCAACCUGGGUAAUUGCGUUGGAAACGACUUGCAGUUCUGUACGCCGAACCACAACGGGAUAGUAGCUGGAGUCGUACGCCUGCUGGGGUGUUUGCUUGUUGGAUUGAGGAACGCCAAACCUGGCGACUACUUCGUGUCCGUCGGAUUCCUGUUGGAAGACAUCCUCAUAAUAGCGUACCGCGUGCUGGGCCUGCCUAAUCCGGAACAGUUCCGUGGCCGGAUAGUGGGCGUCUGCAAAGGGUCAAAUCCACCAGCGUAUUGUAGCGGUGUUCCGAAAAACGUGACCUGUGGACCUCCUCUCGUCAUCCAGCUGCCUGAGACACUCAACAUCGGGACAUGCUCGAACGAGACCUUGGUUGCCUGUCCUAAAAAUCAACCAGCUAAGAAACAGGACAACGCCAACCUUUUCACACUUCUUGGAUGCAUCCUGGACAAUUUGGGCCAGCAGAGGCUCGACAGAGUCGUCACGGGCGUUCUGUGCGAAUUACUCCGGCUAGUCAAUUAUCUUAUGGGCGAUCCUUCCACUGGAGGUGUCAAAGAGCCUGGACAAGGCACUCCCCUUCAGCCAGCAACAGAUGCCAUAAGCCAGAACAGCGGUGCCCUAUUUGGCCCACUUGGCGAUGUAAAGGAACAACUAGACAACGCACUCAGUGACCAAUGCCCCGGAAUCAAGCCGUGAAUGCGACGGUAUCACGAAAAUAUUGCCGACGCUUCGGUUAUGCAUUGAAAAAUAAAGAAAAGGACAGCCUUGC